AUGGCCAUACUCGGCGAUUACUCGGCUAAAGAGCACUUGCGAUUUAGGCUCCGCCAGCGGCACUCGGGUCUACAUCUCAGGAUGGCUACGAGCAUCUCCUCCUCCGCGGCACGCGUCGCCGAUCGCAUGCGAAGUUUUAAGAAAGGAAUCGAUGCGGGCGAGACCAGACGAAGACGUGAGGACACCACCAUUCAGAUUCGCAGGGACCGGCGCGAAGAGCGCCUUAACCAACGGAGACGCAUGAUUCCCAUGGAAAACAGCAAUGCCCUGAGUUUGGAAACACUGACUGAUAAGACGAAUACCAGUCCGGAUGAGCCCAUGCGCUCAUUAAACGGCGUCAGUGUGUCUGACUUGCCUAAGAUUGCGGCAAUGAUCCAGUCGCUGGACCCGAUGGAGCAGUCGAACGCCGUGUCAAAGUUGAGGAGACUUUUGUCGCUUGAGACCAACCCGCCUAUUGAGGAGGUUAUUAACCUGAGAGUUGUCCCGCUGCUUGUGAAAUUUCUGAAGCAACAUGACCGUCCAGAGGUGCAGUUUGAGGCGGCGUGGGCGCUUACAAAUAUCGCGUCGGGUACUACGGAACACACAGAAGAAGUGAUCAGAUGCGGCGCUGUAGAGCUGCUGUGUACGCUGCUCCUUUCUCCAAACGAAGACGUCUGCGAACAAGCGGUGUGGGCACUUGGAAAUAUUUCGGGCGAUUCACCACAGUGCCGCGACUUGGUGCUGAGUGCAGGCGCGAUGAUGCCGUUGCUGGCAGUGCUGCGAAGAAACUCAGGGAAGCUCACGAUACUUCGGAACGCAACGUGGACGCUGUCGAAUUUGUGCCGAGGCAAACCCAGACCAGAUUUUGACCUCGUUAGACCGGCGCUGGAUCUGCUUCCGCAUUUGAUUCAUUCACGGGACGAUGAAGUUGUUACGGAUGCGUGUUGGACGCUUUCGUAUCUCUCGGACGGCACGACGUCGAAUGUUCAGGCUGUGAUUGACGCUGGAGUCUGCAGUCGGAUAGUGGAUCUGGUAGGUCACACGGUGGCAGCAAUUCAGACGCCUACUCUUCGCAUAAUUGGCAAUAUCUUGACUGGAAAUGAUCAGCAGACGCAGCUGAUGCUGGAUUUGGUGGUAUUGCCGCGGCUUGUACCGCUGCUUAAGCACGAGAAGAAGAUUAUUCGCAAGGAAGCUUGCUGGGCGAUUUCCAACAUUACAGCUGGUACACAAAGCCAAAUUCAGGAAGUGAUCGACGCCAAUGUGAUCCCGCCGCUGCUGUUUCAGCUCAUGUCGGUGGAGUUUGACGUUCGAAAAGAAGCAGCGUGGGCGAUAUUGAACGCUACGAGUGGAGGCUCCACAGAGCAGAUCAAAUAUUUAGUUCAGCAAGGCUGCAUCCCACCGUUAGUUAAGCUUCUGGACGUCCAAGACCCGCGCGUGAUUAACGUAUCAUUGGACGCUCUAGAGAACAUUCUUCAGGCUGGAGAGGCAGAUACAUCGCUGACGGAUACCGAGAAUCGCAUGGCGCGAUACAUUGAAGAAGCGGACGGCGUCGAGCUGAUCCAGAACCUGCAGUAUCACCAAGAAGAAGACAUCUACGAUAAGUCUGUGCGUAUUAUCCGUGACUAUUUCGACGGUGAAGAUGAGGAGGACUUAGAUGUCACACCAGACAUGGACUACAGUGCGCACCAGUUUUCAUUUGGGGUCGGUGAAGCGGCAAUUGUAGACGGAGGCAGUAUCCGAUUUAACUUUUAGGUCGUAGCGUUUUUUGGAGAGUGCAGUGCACGGUAAGAGCAGCCGUCACCGAAAUGAAACAAGAGCAGACGAUUCCUCACUGGAG